CUUUUGCCAGGAAUUGGGACUCGUGAGUUUGUUUGGGCUUUCAGGAGCUUCCAUCUUCUUCACGGAAGUAAAAGUGAUUUUUUUUUUAAUUCCGCCCCCUUCCCUCCUCCCGCAUUCCUCCCCCCUCCCACCUCCUCGAAUUGUGGCGGGAGGGGGAGGAGAAAACCAGAGCGCCUGCGCGGAGAGGCCGCUUUCCAUCCGGGUCCCCGUCCGUGCGGUGCAGCAGGUCGGUAGGCGGGAAAUGGCGACUGGCUGAAGGAGCUGGUUGUGUUGCUGCUACGGGCUAUAAGCGAGAAAGACACCCCACGCUGCGCAGUCGGAACCAUCGCCGGAGACCGAGGACACUUCUCUGUCGUCACAGUCAGUUUUACAUGCGGCACCCGUGAAAGAUGAGGCUGAGAACAAGGAAAACGUCUCAGCAAUCAAAUCAAAUACAAACCCAGCGCACUGCCAGAGCAAAGAGGAAAUUUUCAGAAGUUGAUGAUAGUCUACCCUCAGGAGGAGAAAAACCACCCAAGAAUGAAACCGGCUUGUUGUCUUCAAUUAAAAAAUUCAUUAAAGGAAGCACACCCAAGGAAGAGAGAGAAAAUCCUUCGAAACGGAGUAGAGUUGAACGUGAUAUAGAUAAUAAUUUGAUCACAUCAACACCAAGAGCAGGAGAAAAGCCUAACAAACAGAUAUCACGAGUAAGACGGAAAAGUCAAGUAAAUGGAGCUGGUAGUUAUGAAAUCACAAAUCAGCAUGUAAAGCAAAAUGGAAAAUUAGAAGAUACUUCUUCUGGCAGUCCUCCAAGGACUACGUUGUUGGGGACCAUAUUUUCUCCUGUCUUCAACUUUUUCUCACCAGCAAAUAAAAAUGGAACAUCAGGAUCAGACUCCCCAGGACAGGCUGUGGAAGCGGAAGAAAUAGUAAAACAACUUGACAUGGAGCAGGUGGAUGAGAUCACUACCAGCACUACUACAUCAACGAAUGGAGCAGCUUACUCAAAUCAAGCAGUUCAAGUGAGGCCAUCGAUAAAUAAUGGUUUAGAAGAAGCAGAAGAAACUGCUAAUCGUGAUAUUCCACCCCUCACAGCACCAGUAAAUCCAGAGAGUGGUUAUACAUCAACGCAUUCAGAGGCCACCUAUGAGGAAGACUGGGAAGUAUUUGACCCCUAUUAUUUCAUCAAACAUGUUCCACCACUGACAGAAGAACAGCUUAACAGGAAACCUGCUCUUCCAUUGAAAACGAGAAGCACACCAGAAUUCUCUCUAGUUUUAGACCUGGAUGAAACACUAGUACACUGUAGUCUGAAUGAGUUAGAAGAUGCAGCACUUACUUUUCCAGUACUUUUCCAAGAUGUCAUUUACCAGGUUUAUGUGAGGUUAAGACCAUUCUUCAGGGAAUUCCUGGAACGAAUGUCUCAGAUGUAUGAGAUCAUUCUUUUUACUGCUUCUAAGAAGGUGUAUGCAGACAAGUUACUGAACAUACUAGACCCUAAAAAGCAACUGGUCAGGCAUCGGCUUUUCCGUGAACAUUGUGUUUGUGUACAAGGAAACUAUAUAAAAGACUUAAAUAUCCUUGGAAGAGAUCUUUCAAAAACAAUAAUAAUUGACAACUCACCACAAGCCUUUGCCUAUCAGCUUUCUAAUGGAAUCCCUAUAGAAAGUUGGUUUAUGGAUAAAAAUGACAAUGAACUUCUAAAAUUGAUUCCAUUUCUGGAGAAGCUUGUAGAACUGAAUGAAGAUGUCCGACCUCACAUCAGAGACAGAUUUCGCUUGCAUGAUUUGCUGCCCCCAGAUUAAGUACAGAGACUUGUCAAAUCACUGAAGGGGGAGAGAAUGCAGGACCCUUUGGACUAAGACAAAGAAACAUUGCCAUUACUGUUGAAAUUUUGCAUUUUUGUACCCCGUCUUGCUUUUUCUUAUCUUUGGUGCCCAAUAAUAAUCAAGGGUUACAGAAAGAGACUUUAUCUCAGAUUGAAUACAUACAGUAGGUAGGCUAAAACAGAAGAGUCUUUAGAACUAGUGCAACUCCAGUGAAAUUUUUUUAUGUACAUGACAUCUGCAGUUUAUAAAGAAUUCUGUUUCUGCCACCAGCAGUUUGACCUGUAGUCACACAGGAUUUUAUGAUAAUAACAGAGAUGAAAAUGGACUUUUAUUUUCUCUCUGUUUGGUGCUCUAAGUGGGUUUGUAGCCACUUUUCUGUUACUUUAUGAUUCUCAUUUCAACAGGAAUGGCCAGUAAAAGUUGUUUUAUUUUUCCUGUUUAAGGUUUAUAACCUUUUUACAUUUUUGACCUGUAUUAGAUUAGAAUUUCAUUAUGCAUUCCUUUUAGUUGAGGCGCUUUAUAGUUUUCUGGAAAUAGUCAAGUCAGUUUUUUGGUUGUUUUUUUUUUUUAUUAUACAUUUGAAUGGCCGUUUUCCUGCUUUGUCUGCCUGCAUAUUGUAUAUUUGUUUAAAAAUAUUCUCUACUUUUAGUCCAUGUAAGUUUCAUUUAGAAAGACAUUUAUAUUUUGUUUCUGUAAUAUUCUACUGUCGGUGAAAUCUUUUCAAAAAUCAAGAGACUGGGUAGAAAAGAAUAUUCAAAAGAUUUAAACCAUUGUGAUAGUGUGUAUUCCCAGAUGGUAAUAUCUUGGCAGUGGCACACAGGCUUAAUGGAUAAAGGUAUACCUCAGAAUUCACUGUGUUCACCAAUCGUUGAGGAGAAUAAGUUUGGUCACCUGUUGGGCUUGAUUUAGUUACCGUUGCCUUUGGUUUUCUCCAGGAAUGAAGUAUUCAGCACAGUGACUCAGUAUUUUUAGUUCUUUUGCAUGGGCUGGUAGUACCUCUGUUAUGCUCUCGGUUACAAUCAGUUUAAAACUGUGUAACAGUCUUGGUAACUAACAGUAGCUAUGCAUAAUCCUGUGGCACAGUACACUCCCAAGCCACCAGUGCAGUUAAUACGCUCUCAUAGUGGUUUUCUAUGUUAUAUGAAAAUAGUCAUCAAGCCUUGGUUCUCUAAUGCAGCUCCCACAAGAGGUUGAUAUUUUUAUAGUGGCGUGUAAUCUCCUUUUCAGGAGGCUUUUUAUGGAAGGUAGAAUUUGUAAAAGUUAGUAUGCUUUGCCUCUCAACUGCAUUGACAUGCCACAGGCUCAGACUGUUUUUAUGUAAAGGAUGUCAAAGAACGGCACUUUUUCUAAAGAGAAGUUUGAUAUUUUGUAUGCUUGUUAAGAAAGUACAGUAUUGGAAAUUAAAGGUGGACAACUGAUAAUUGAGGAGUAUGUCAGUUAAUUUUUUAUGUAUAUUACCUGUUUACUUGUACAACUGAUUGUACAAAUUACAUGCAGCUUCAUUUUCAAAUGAAUCCUUAAAAUAAGGAAAUCUUUUUAGGAAGACAUUUAGUUUUUGUAUUUUUGAUUUUAAAGGCAUGAGUUAUGUCAGUUUUCAGUGUAUUAAUGAAGAUUUUAACUUUUCAUCAGGUUGAGUGUUUUCUUAUCUGUUGUGUAUGUAGUUAGCAUAUUGUGUCACUGAACUGUUUAAAAAUUUAGCAUGUAGAGCAAGCCUGUUUUGUGGAAAUUCCUUAUUCAUUAAAAAAAUAAUCAUGGCAGUUUUUCUGCAAACAAACACCCAAGCAAAACCAUUUGCAAUUCAGAAUACUGAUUUUUUUUUUUUUU